ACCUUUUGCGCGAAGCAACCUUGGGCAUGCUCCAAGCGAGCGCUCGCGCAACGAAAGGCGGGGCGCAGGCGCACAAGGUUAGGAGUCGAGCCCCUGUGCGUGGGGUUUCGUUUCGAGGCAGCGCGCGGCCGGCGUGGCGCGGCAGUAUUCCCGCGGCUCCUGCCAUGAACUCCACACCCUCGGGCUCAGCCACCCGGGCCUCGGCUGCAACUGGCGCAGCCGCAGCCACAGCCUCAUCGCCUCCUGACGCCUCCGCUCCCAGCCAAUGUGCCCCUGCACUGCCGCCCUUUCCGCUGUUCCCGCGUGAGGUGGAGCACGGUCGCGUGAACCCGCCCGCCUACGGACCCGACGCCUCUGCAGGCCUCAGUGGCCUCAGCCUAGGCAGCGGCAGUAGUGGCAGUAGCGGCGGUGGCGCCAGCAGCCGGGCUGAGACAGAGCGGGAGCGGGCCCGGGAGGAGCAGUGGCUGCAGUGGCACUGCCAGGACGUGGGCAACGUGAUCGGGCUGGAGCACAUCAACCUGGAGGUGCCGGAUCUGGAGGUGGCGCGGCUGUUCUAUGGCGAUGGGCUGGGCCUCACUGCGGACCCCGGCACCACCGCCUCACAGCGGGGCGGCUCGCACGUUAUGUGGUACAACUGCGGUAAACAGCAGUUCCACAUUGCUCGCGGCGCCAGGCCCCAGCGGCUGCCGCCGGGCUCUGUGGUGGGUGUUGUGCUGCCCGACGUGGCGGCGGCGGCGGAGCGGCUGGAGGCGGUGCGGGGCCUGCUGGGUGACGUCUCACUGACGUACGCCAAGGGUGACACGCUGGAGGCGGUUGACCCGUACGGCAAUUGUUUCGCCGUACAUCGCUCGCUGCCGUACUUCCCGGGUCGGGCGGGUGUGGCCUACCUGCAGCUGCCGUGCCUGCCCGGCACCGCGGUGGGCAUUGCCCAAUUCUAUGCGAGACGCAUGGGUGCCCGCUGCCGUGUGGGCACCAGCAGCAGCACACCCUCCUCCUACCCCUACGCCUCAGCCUCAGGCCAGCACGGCAGCAGCGGCAGCAACGGCGCUGACCACGGCUCGGGGGCCGCGGCGCCCGCGUCCACGCCACACUGGCAGCUGGGGGCGGCACCAGCAGCAGCAGCACCAGGGGGCUCUGGGGGGUCGCGCACGUGGGGUCAUGCCGGCCCCAUGCGUGCCGAGGUGUGGCUGGGCCCGGGGCAGAAGCUGGUUUUUGUGGAGCAGGCGUCUCUGGGGCAGCUGAGCGACCAGGUAGUGGCGGACCUGUUUGACGGCUGGCACAUCGCGCUGUACGUGGCGGACUUCAGCCGCACCUACGCCGCCGUGCACCACCCGGACCGCCAGCCCUGGAACGACCACCCCUACAGGGACCGCUACCACUGCCUGGACGACGCGCUGCGCAACCGCCAGUUCCGAUUCCAGGACAUCACCGGCACCGCCACCGGCAGCAGCAGCAGUAUCAGCAGCGGCAAGCAGGGAGAAGCAGGCACAGGCAGCGGCAGCGGCAGCGGCCGGGCCGAUGGUGGGCCGGCGGACGGCAGUGGGGAGCGGCUGCUGUACCGCAUCAGUCACGAGGUGCGCAGCCUGCACCACCCGCUGUAUGCGCGGCCGCUGUACAACCGCGAACUGGGCUUCAUGUGAGGCGGCGCGCCGCGGCGUUGCGGCGACCGGAGAGAUGGUGCUGGCAUGGAGGGCAAGGAGGGGCGUUGGGUUGAGGCCGCUCGGCAUGGCGUUUGGGAUUGAGCGGUGCUGGGGCCCGUGUGAAUGGGCGGCGUGCAGAGGAAAGGCUGGCGUGGGGAAGGGAACGGGCGGGAUGGGCAUUGGCAUGUUUGAUGUGGUGCGCAGGAUGGCAGGAAUCGCUCAAGAACAUGUAUGGCCAGCCCACUUACACGGGCUGAGCAGGACUUGCAGCGCUGAGUUUUUAGCAAGAGGGCUGGCAGCAAACCGCGACUGCUACGUAUUAGUAUGUGUUUAGACCAAGCUGCAGCGGCCGCCAUGGCCGCCGGCGGCGGCGGGGCCAGGCUGAGAGCCUGAACGGCGCUAGCAGGGCGUGGGGCUGAGGGUGCACGUGUUGAUUGGCGGCGAGUGACGUGACUAGUUUGUUAGCUGCGGGUUAGCACGGACUGUGCACCCCACCCAACCGGCCAUGUCCGGAUUUGCGGGGAUGCCAAAGGCCCCCAACAUAGAGGCGUGUGCUUAGUAGGCGCCCGCGUCAAGGUGGCUGGGUUGAUAACGACCCGGGAUCAGCCCUUUCCCUGCCAUAAGGCAGCCACCUCCUUGUUGGCUGAGUAGGGUUAGAGA